UCGAGGGGGCGGGCUCGGGUGCUGUGCGGGCGCGGCCGGGGCUUCGCAUUCAGGCUGUCUGGUGGCUACUCCAGGAAACAUGGCCAAGUUUGUCCUGAAUCAGAACCUUCCAGACCUGGGCGGCCCUCCCCUGUACCCAGGCCCCACAGCGAGUGCCCGCAGCCCUAGCUCUCCCUACUCUGUGGAGACACCCUAUGGCUUCCACUUGGACCUGGACUUCCUCAAGUACGUGGAGGAAAUCGAGCGUGGCCCUGCCUCUCGCCGAGCUCCAGGACCCCCUCACGCACGCCGCCCGCGUGCGUCUCGAACUGGCCUCGCGGGAGCGCGGAGCCCAGGAGCUUGGACCUCCAGCGAAUCCCUGGCCAGUGACGACGGCGGAGCUUCGGGUGCACUCUCUCCUGGUGCGUUCCCGGGGCUCUUGCUGCCUCCGCUGUCGCCGCGCUCCUUGUCGCGCAAUCCGCGCGUCGAGCACACGCUCUUGGAGACCAGCCGACGACUGGAGCAGGCGCAGGCUCGGGAGCGCGCGCUCAGCCCGGCCCGUGCGGUCACGCGCAGCCCGCGCGGGUCCGGCCGCAGCAGCCCCGCCCCUAAUCCCGCCCUUGCUUCCCCGGGCCCUGCCCAGCUGCAGCUAGUGCGGGAGCAGAUGGCCGCGGCGCUGCGGCGCCUGCGUGAGCUCGAGGACCAGGCGCGCGCUCUGCCCGAGCUGCAGGAGCAGGUGCGCGCGCUGCGCGCCGAGAAGGCGCGGCUACUGGCCGGGCGCGUGCAGCCAGAGCAAGAAGUAGAGAUCGAGGUGCGCCCAGACAAGCUCGCCCAGCUUCGGCGCCUCACCGAGCGUCUGGCCACCUCGGAUCGGGGAAUCCGUUCCAGGGCUAGCCCCCGGGCUGACGAUCCCGACGGGUUGGCUGCCAGGCGCAGCGAAGGAGCGCUGCAGGUGCUCGACCCGGCGGCUAGGACACCCGAUGGGGAACCCUGGACUCGGGAGGCGGGCACUGAAGUCGUGCCUGAGACCCGAGAGGUGGAUGCCCAGGCAGUACCCGAGACAGGGGAGGCUGGAGUGCAGGUGGUCCCUGAGACCGUUGAGGUGGACACGUGGGUUACCGAGGAGCUGCUAGGGUUGCCCGAGGCUGCAGAGCGUGAGCUGGAACUGCUCCACACCAGCUUGGAGCAUCAGCGAGGGGUGAGCGAACUCUUGCGGGGCCGAUUGAGGGAGUUGGAGGAGGCCCUCGAGGCUGCAGUGACCAGGCCUCAGUCUCGAGACCUUGCUACCCAGACUACAUUGGGUUGCACUGAGAAAACCACACAGACAGAGCUCCCUGUGGUGAACCAGCCCAGAUCCACGGCUGGAGAGAUGGCCCCUGCUGGCAUCCUCAAAUCCAUCAUGAAGAAGAAAGAUGGUACUCCAGGUGCACAAUCCAGUCAGGGACCCAAGAGCCUGCAGUUCGUUGGGGUCCUCAACGGAGAGUAUGAGAGCUCCUCCAGUGAGGAUGCAAGCAACAGUGAUGAUGAAGAUGAUGUUGCUGAACGCUCCAGGAGUAGCUCUUCUGGGUCAGGAGAUGAUAGCAGUGGGGGAUCUGACGCUGGAACUCCUGGCCCCCACAAUGACCAAGAUGCUGGGGACUUCGAGCUUGAGACACAUCCAGAGGCGAAGGCAGGAAGAGAAGGGAGGUGUGAACUGAACCCCCGUUUGAGGGAGGCUUGCAUUGCUCUGAAUCAGCAGCUGACCCGGUCACGUGGAGUCACCAGCAGAGAUGGCAAUGCAGCACGCCUUGUGGCCCAGGAGUGGUUUCGAGUGUCCAGCCAAAAACGCUCUCAGGCUGAGCCUGUGGCUGGGGUGCUUCGUGGGGUGAAAAGUCUGGGGCCUGAGCUGCUGGCUCAUGUGGUGAACCUGGCUGAUGGCAACGGAAACACAGCUCUGCAUUACAGUGUAUCUCAUGGGAAUCUGGCCAUUUCCAGCCUGCUACUGGAUACAGGAGUCUGUGAUGUCAAUCACCAGAAUAGAGCUGGCUACUCUGCACUCAUGUUGGCUGCGCUCACUUCUGUAGGACAGGAGGAAGACAUGGCUGUGGUCCAGAGACUUUUCAGUAUGGGUGAUGUCAAUGCCAAGGCUAGCCAGACUGGACAGACAGCCCUCAUGCUGGCCAUCAGCCAUGGCCACCAGGAUAUGGUAGCUGCCUUGCUGGAAUGCGGGGCUGAUGUCAAUGUACAGGAUGCUGAUGGGGCUACAGCACUGAUGUGUGCCAGCGAGUAUGGACACCUUGAUACAGUUCAGCUGUUGUUGGCCCAGCCAGGUUGUGACCUAACCAUCUUAGACAAUGAGGGCACAAGUGCCUUGGCCAUUGCACUGGAGGCCGAACAGGAUGAGGUGGCUGCACUGCUCCAUGCCUACCUGACAUCAAACCACCAUGACUCACAGGGACAGUCACCUCCAGGUUCUCCCACAGCCACACUGCAAACGGAUGCAGUGACAAAUGAGGGACCUUCUGAAUCACAGCAGGGCACCUCAUGAAGAUGCUCCCUCUAGCUUGUUAGGAUGCUGAGGGGAAGGGGGAGACAAAGCCUGGGCAAUGCUACAUCCCUCAACCUACUCACUUCAUAAAACAUCCUAAUAAAAUCAUCUCUACUAAA